CUUAACAGCUUAAAAUUAUAUUAUUAAUAUAGAAAUCAUUCCUCAAAACAAAGAAAGUUUUUCCAGAUUUACUAAAUUUUGUCGUCAUGGACAAGCAACUGGUAAAUUCUGAUUACACAAAUUAGAUUAUAAAAAAGAUGUGCACUUAACUAUUUCCAGUAUUCAGUUGUUUGAUAUUGAAAAAACUUAGAAAGAUGACGAAAAGUGAAACACUUUCAACAGCAAGCACGACUUCUGUUAAAGACGAGAAUAAACCAACUCCCAUAGUGAAAAAUGCAGAUUUCGAAACUGCAAUAUCAGUAACCGGUUUUGGCCUUUUCAACUUAAUUCUAAUAGCAGUUGCAACUCCCUCUGUAUUAUCUUCACAACUCGAAACAUCGUCCUUAUCUUUUGUGUUUCCUGUUGCUAGAUGCGAUUUAAACAUAUCUCUAGAAGCCAGAGGAUUGGUCAAUGCAACAAUAUACACAGGAAUGAUAACUAGUUGUUUCAUGUGGGGCUCACUUGUGGACGUUUUUGGCCGUCGUAAAGUCUUGGUUUUCACACAUUUAGUAGAAGCUUUUUUCGUUUUAAUGACAACAUUUGCACCAAAUCUUUACGUCUUGAUAGCUUCAAAGUUUCUGGGAGGAUUUAUUGUAAAUGGAAUUUCGAUGGCCCUAACUCCAUACUUAUCUGAAUUUCAUGGCACACAAUACCGAGCUCGUGUGCCUUUAACAAUCGGGCUUAUUUAUAGUGUUGCAAAUGUCGGUUUACCACUUUUAGCGUGGUCGAUUUUACCUCUUAAUAUUAAUUUUGGCCUUUUCGGAGGCUUUGAAUUUCAUGCAUGGAAUCUGUUUUUAUGCAUUACAAUGUUUCCGACUUUAAUAGCCGGAAUUUCAUUUUUUCUAAUGCCUGAAAGCCCAAAGUAUUUAAUGUCGAAAGGCAAUAACGGAGAAGCUUUAAAAGUGUUUGAGAAGAUUUUUAAAAUGAAUAAAAAACAACCGGUAGAAGAAUAUCCGGUCAAAUCCCUGAUGGAUGACAAACAAAUUUAUCAAAAGAAAUACAGUAUUAAGGACGCGUGGCAACAAAUUUCGCCCCUAUUUUCAUUAAAAUAUGCCGGAAGUUUGACUCUAGUCUGUUUAUUGCAAUUCCUCUUCAUGAUGAGUAUUAAUUCGUUACGCUUGUGGUUGCCAGAAAUUUUCCAAAUAGUAAACGAUUAUGAACAAGACAACAAUAAACCAAUUUCCUUUUGUCAAAUGUUGAACAGAAUAAAGCCCACUGCUGAUGCGGAAACUGAUACCUGUUCAAUGAACUUUGAUAACUCUUCAGUUUAUAUAAACUCAGUCUAUGUUGCUUUGUGUGCAAUUACUGGUUACAUUAUUGUAGCACUUUUCGUUAAUAAAAUUGGAAAGAAAAAAAUUCUAAUUUCUCUAGGACUUCUAGGGGCAGUAACAGUAGCUUCUAUCUACUUUGCGCCUAACAGCUCGACAGCUUUGGGUCUUAUUUGUGUUCACUUAAUGUCAACAGGUAUCUCGGUAGAUACAGUCAUCGCAGCAACUGUUGAUUUAUUUCCAACUUCUUUAAGAGGUUCAGCGAUGUCUCUAUCUUUCAUGUUUGGUAGGAUAGGUUCCGUACUGGGCAAUUUAAUAUUUCCUAUACUUAUUCAAGCAGGUUGUGCGUCAACUUUUUUCACUCUUGGAAGUUUUGUCAUGGGUUGCACCAUACUGUCUGUCUUUAUACCAAAUACUGAACAUAAAGCACUAGGUUAGAAAUUAUAUUUUAAUUUAAUAGUUGUAAGUACUCGUAUUUAUGUUUACCCAAUGUCAUGACUGUAAAUAAGAAACAGAAAUAAAAAUAUAACAAAAAACAAG